UUACAUUUUUUUUUAUUUAUCAUUAUUUUUUAUAUCUUUAAAUGUAAUCGGCGGCUGGCAAAUGCAAGCGUUAUUUUUUCACGGCUCUUAACCUACCGUGGGAUAAGGGUUCGAUCUCCUCACAUCUCUUAAGCCCUGCUCCUAGUCGGGUUCGACGCUCCCCCAUCAGAGUCCCUCGUCAUGUCACCACCAGCAGCGCUCCCUCUCUCCUCUGGCUUUCAGGCUUCAUUAAGGCCGUGUUGAAUCAGUGUUGUCUCGGUUCUGCCUUUGGACCCUUUUUAGGUUGUAAUGAUGCCUGGUGGGUAUUUGAGAUGUCCCGCGAUCACACUGCUCCUUAUAAUGAGGGCCUAGUUCUUUUUUAGGACCAUUUUUUCUCUCACUGCGCCUUUCAGCCCAUGUGCGUGUGUCGCUGGUGAAGGAAAGACGCUCACUCUUACAUAACAUGAGAAUGCAAAAGGUUUUUUCUUCUUCUUCCCUGGGUAAGGAUUUAUAGUGGGACUACGGGGCACAUUAAGAAAAUACAAGUACUGCUGUGAUUUGAAACAUCAGUGUUGGUUAAUAGACUGCUCCGCUGAGAUAGAUCUUGAGAUUAAAGACAUACAACUCUUAGGAGCUCUCUUACAUCUUUGUACAAAUUAAACCAUGUUUUCCCUUUUCUGAAUUUAAGGAUAGGUGUUAGGUUGAUGUCAGCGAUGGACUGCUGGUCCCUUGAAGAUGCCAUGGCUCUUUAGUAGACCCACUGUUGACAUGCACGCCCAACCGCCCAACCCUCGGACAAUACAGACAUUUGAAUGCCGAAUUCCGUUUCCAUGGCAGUGCGGAGGAGGAUGACAGGAGUGAAAAGCACAUGCAAAAAACAAGCCGGCGAGUGUUUACCGUCUACCCCGACGCACGCACAUGCACACGCACACGCACACGCACACACACAAGAGCACGAGCCAGUGUGUCUGGGGGGCGUGCAGGAACGGGGAAGGUUCAUGACAGGCAGUGUGUGUCUUUUGUCUUGAUGAAAAUAUUACCUUUGUUUUUAAAAAGCAGCACAUCACAGUCCACUCUGCUUAAGGUUUGAAUCUCUCUAUUCCUCUCCAUCUCUCUCAUCCCCCCACCCCCGCAAAGUGGGAAGCAGGCAACUGUUUGUCUGCAUUUUCUGUCUGAAAUCCAGCCCAGCGGUCCACGUCUCCUCCUCCUGACAGUCCUCUUUGAACAGUUACAGCAGGGUAAUGUUUCUACAGCUUUUCAGGCACAGGCAUUUUGUGGCUAUGUCUCAGUCUUCUACCAGGCAUGCCGCUGUAUCAAUACACAGACAGGCUCCACACAGCAUGCUUUAGAGGCAAAAUAUCAACAUCAUUCUAGUAGCUAACAAAAAUAUGACUAUUUGUUUUCGAUCAAUUCCUCGUGGCAUUCUAGUGGAUAGGUAUACGAAAAACACUACAAUGGCUUGCUAUUGAAAGGUUUUUCUCAGGCAAUAUACUGCCCAUUUUGACAAUUGAGAGGGUACUACGCACGAUUGUAAAUAGCAGCUAAAUGAUUGCUUCUUUUCUUACAAUUCAAACCUUUGGCGAGGGGGAAGAAAAAAUAAAUAAAAAAUCUACACGGAAGGCUUCCUUAUUUGCUUAAUCCAAUCCCCGGGGAGCUCUUUCUGUGAUUUACUGACGAAGAAUGUCUGCAUUUGGUUUGCGGCUUCCUCCAAUGCUGCAGCACUGUGUCCUGGCUCCUCACACAUUCACACAGCUUGUACCAAGGCGACGCUUAGGGAAUUCCUUGUGCUUGCAAAAGACAAAAAGGAAGAAGAGCGAGAUGGAGGGGAAGGUGGAAUGAAUUCAAAGUUGUUGACCUCCUGUCUGUCCGUCUCACCCCCCCCCCCCCGAAGCCUAGUGUGUAGCAUGAGCCGCGAUGGUUACCCCCCCUCCCCCAUCUCAGGCUCGUCUCCUUUUAGCUGUAGUGUACAGAGCGCUGCUUUAUUACACAUAGUCCUGCAGGCUGUAGCCGGUCUUAUUGUCUAAUGGGGAGAGGGAGCAGUACUGGUGCUGGAGCUCCUGCUGGAGCAGCUGUUGCUGCUGCUGCUGCUGGAGCAGCAAUUUGUCUGGGGGAGGGAGCAGGAUCAGGUCCUGGGGGCCAUGCCGUUUACCCGAGCAGGACAUACAGAAGAUGGACCCCCCCACAAAGAGGAAUCCUGCUGAAACGAAGGCGACGUACACGGCACCCCCGGGCUCAAACUUAUUGCUCUCGGGCACCGAGGAGUCCAGGAAAUUGGUGAUGACCUCGUUGGUAAACCAGGAAGCGGGCACCAGACACAGAAAGCCGGCAGCGACGAAGCAGCCGCCGCUGGCGAUCGCAGCGUGCCGCUUGGAGCGCCUCCCCCCUCCCCAACGUGUGCACUUCAGUCCCAGCGAUGCGAGGCAGAGGCCCAUGGCAGCCAUCACGCAGCAGAGCACCAUGGUGGUGCGGGCAGUCUGCAGGUACGCAGGUAGGGAAAGCACUGAAUACUUGAGUGUGCAGCUGAACAUGCCUGUGCUGUACCACGUGCAGUCCAUCCACAGACCCUGCAUCUGGGAAAUCGCUGUGAUGAUGUUGGAGCCCACAUCGGCGCUGACCUUCCAGUUGGGCAGCAGCGUGGCCACCAUGGCGCCCAUGAUGCCCAACAGCGCGAGGACAAAUCCAAAUAUCUGCAUGCCCGUGGAUGCCAUGCUCCCUUUUCAAGUUGAUGCCGCCGCCUCCUCAGCGCUCGUCCUCGCCAGGCAGCAUUCACCCGGCGCCAGCCCGGCUCGUCGACCCCACUGCCCGGCCGCCUCUCUCCCCUCCCUCAGUGGCGUUCCAGCUGCCAAUCAAAUCCCUAGCUCCUCAGCUGCGGCUCUGCUGGACUGGAGGAGAGAGAUGGAAAUGAGAAAUGGAACUGAGUGGGUCCCCCACGCACUCCCUCCUUCUGGUCUCCCCCGCAUUCACCUAACACCAGCACAGACUUCCCUGGCUGGAAACAAAGGGGCAAGUGUGAAGCACGAAGCACGAGCGGCUCUGGCUGACUGUAAAGUAGGUGGACGUGGGAGUAGUUCACUUCACCCCUCUGAUUCAGCCCCAGAUCCCGCAGCCCUUCAAGCUGGUGGAGAAAGUCGUCAGAAACGUGUUCCAGUUCCGCAGGAAGCACUGCCACAAAGGAGUGGAAAAGUUGUUCCCUGAGGUGUGUCGCCUGGAGCUGACACAGGAGAUGAUGCAGAAAGCAGACGUGGACCCCACUCUGCGCCCUACAGAGCUCACCAUCCCCCAGUUCAGGGCCUUAGUGGAUGCCUAUGCUCAUUUCUGCGCCCAUGAACCCAGUCUCCUCAGCUACGAGUUCAGAGAGGAGCUCAGACUGAAGCACCUCUCCAAGCUAAGAAAUAGAACAAUGGCAAGCCAACCGGCACAACACCAAGUUCUCAACAACCCUACUG